AUGUCUAAAAAGGCUUCGAGAAAACUCCUCUACGAUGCAGAUGAUUUUGACGAUGAUGAAGAUGAGGUACCACGCCCAAAGCGCGGCCUACCUGCACGCUCUCAAACAGUCGCAGAUUUAAAAUCAGCGAGCUCAAUGUAUAAUUACCAGAAUAAUAACGACGAUUACUCCGAUGUUUACGAUGAACCAUAUGGAUAUGAUGGAGAAGAAGAUUUUAAUGAUUAUGAUGAUGACAGUGCUAAGAUUGACGAACUUAUUGCAAAACUCAAGAAAACAUAUGAUAUUUCUAAAUGCGAUAUGGAUGAAAUCUUUCUCGCAUUCAGAAAUCUCGACUACGAUUACAGUGUAGUUUCCAGAAACCUCGAAAAAGGCGAUUAUGGCAAAGCAAUCAAGAAGAAGUCCCAGAAGCACAUUCAGAUUCCAGCGAGCCAAACCCCAUCCAAACUCAUACCACCGAAAGGUAUUGCCAGCACAUUUUCAUGCGCAUCUAUCAAAGAUAUCGAACAACACCUUACAACUAAAGUUACAAAGGACCAAGUCUACAAACAAAUAUCCACAGGCAAGAAGCAUGUUAAUCUUGUCAUCGUGGGCCACGUAGAUGCCGGCAAAUCCACUUUAAUAGGUCAUGUUUUAUUACUUUCGAAUUUUGUCGAGAAACAACGCAUGGACAAGAUCAUGGAAGACUCCAAAGCUACAGGACACGGUCAGGACUACUUGGCGUGGAUCAUGGCUGAAGAUGAAUCAGAAAGAUCUCAUGGAGUCACAAUCGACGUUGCCCUUAACAAUUUCGAGACAGAGGACAGAAAAAUUACGGUUUUGGACGCACCAGGACAUCGUGACUUCGUUCCAAACAUGAUUGCUGGUGCUUCCCAAGCUGAUUCUGCAAUUCUUGUCGUAGAUGUCUCCAAUCCUAACAUAGAACGCGGCCAGGCAGGUGAACAUAUACUUCUGUGCAGGAGUCUUGGCGUUAAACACCUUAUUGUCGCUAUAAAUAAGAUGGAUUCAUUAGAAUACAUGCAAAGCGCUUACGAAGACGUCUGCAAUACUCUCACCGAGCAUCUAAAGAGGAUUUCGUGGUCGGCCGUCCACUUUAUCCCUACAGUUGCCACAGAUAAAUCUGUUUUACUUAAUCCGAAAGAAAAAAUGCCUUGGUACAAAGGUCCGACAAUACUUCAAGCAAUAAACCAAAUUCCACCUUACGAAUACGAUAUAAACGACUCAUUCUUGAUGUGCAUCUCGGAAGCGGUCGAAACAUCAAGGAACUCGAUCACAGUAUCAGGCAGAGUCGAGAGCGGCUACGUGGCCAUCGGAGAUAACGUCAAAGUUCUUCCUGGAGAACAAAUUGUCAGAGUAUGCGAUGUACAGCUGAACGGAGAGCCUGUUGACUUCGCCGCCGCAGGAUAUAUUGCAGACAUUACACUUACGACAUCAAUGAACGUAGAACAAUUCGCAAUCGGCUCAGCAAUUUUCGAUCCAAAGAAAAAGUUACAACUUUCGAACAGAUUUACAGCCCACUUGAGGACAUUCGACAUAAAGAAGCCAAUACUACAGGGAACUCCACUGGUUUUCCACAGACACGCUGUAGAUUUGCCUCUUAAGAUCGAAAGUUUCACAGCUCAGUUGGAUCCGAAGACGAAGAAGACAAUUAAGAAGGGAAUUAAGUUCUGCUUGGCCAGACAGUUCAUUGAAGCCACAUUUUCAAUUGAAUCGCCAAUUCCAAUUGACACAGCUGAAUCUUCAAGAAGUUUCGGUACAUUCAUCGUCAGAACAGGCGGUGAAACAGUUGGCUUCGGAGGAAUUAUCUCGGUUUUGCAGGCAAAGUAA